GGCGUGGGGAGCGCCGCCGCUGGCUCCGCCGGCCCUCCUCCGGCGCGUGCUGUGGGGCGGCGGGUCGCCGUUCGAGGAGCAGCCCGACGGCACGCUGCGGGACUGCCGCGGCCAGACCGUCGCGCUGCACGCGGGCGUGCGCAGCGCGCUCAACGAGCUCGUGGACGGCCCGGACUGGCAGGGCGUCACCGUGGCCGCGGCCUCGUGCUGCGACGAGCCCGCGUGGGCGCGCGAGUGCAUUCGAGUUCUCCCUCGGCUCCGGACGCAGGCUGGAGGACGUGCUCCAUCGCCGAGAUUUACAAGGGCAGCAAGCAGGGCCACCUCAGGACCAUCGCGAGGAAGGUCGGGUGCGAGCUCGAAGACAUGAUCUUCUUCGACAACGAACCGUACAACUGCGACAACGUCUGCCAGCUCGGUGUCACGUGCAUCUUCUGUCCUGGCGGUGUGACGGACAAGGUGUGGAGGACGGCAUUGGAGUCGUUCCCAAGCCCCGGAGAAGUUAUUCGUGCAUAG